GUGAAAAGACAGGCAUGACUGGCAAAGGAUGUGCUUCCUCGGUGAUCCGCACUGGCUGCCGUGAUCUCCUUCUCCUUCCUCAUCGGCCUCCUCAUCUUCGUCGACAGUAUCCUCAACCCUGUUCUCACACCCUUUAGAGAUGCAAACAUCAUGUGAGGCUUCAUCUUCACGGGUCUUUCCUCUCAGUGCAAACCGGUUUCCAGUUGUCGUACACUCCGUUCUGUGAGGGUCUUGGCUGUCGGUACACUCGGCAUUGGAUCCUGGCUUUUCUGGGGUAAAACGCUCAGGAUCCUGAGGGUGGCUUUGUAAUUCUCUGUGGUGUGGCGCUCAUUGUGUCCGUCUUGGACGCGAUAGUGCAAAUGUGACGAAUCCUCGCGGUGCUGGCCGUAGAAUAAGGCGAUCACAAAAGGCUCCUUUCACUGUGGGAGCAGAUGCCCCUACCACCAAACCUCCUACCCGCUUCACCGAUGACUCGUGAAUCGGCACCGGAAAACCCAGUCAGAGCCUCACAACAGUCCCAAAAUGUGUAUGGAAUCACGGAAGACCUAUCCGUGCCCCUCCUAUACUCGCAUCAUGAAGAUUUUAACGCCCAGUAUGUUUUCACCCGGGAGCCGACGCACCGAUACGCUGUUCCACCCACGGUCAUUGACCCCCUCAAGCACUGGGAGGAAAUGGAGCCGGAAACUCACCGGCUAGCGGCCGGCGCGUUACGAAAUGAUUAUGGAGGUAUUCGACAAGAUCACCAGAGACUCGAUUCGGAGUUCCAUGAGGUGGAGGGUGGUGCACGGAAAGACUCGUUACACGCUCUGGAACCGCCUACGCACAGGUGACCGGUGCUAACGAAGGCCCGUACGUCGUUGCUGGUGCUUCCCUGAAACACUUUGAGCCAUUACUUGAUCUGCUGAAGCUUUAUUUACGUUGCUCGUAGGUCACUGGUUGUUUUUCGCAUU